AUGAGCCUUCGUGACACUGCUGAGCCUUCGGUAGAGACGACUGCUGAGGCUUCGGUAGGGAUUACUGAGUCUCCGUUCGGGACCACUACUGAUUUUCCGUUCGAGACCACUACUGAGCCUCCGGUCGAGACCGCUGUGGAGCCCGUAGCCGAGACCACUGUUGAGCCUAUAGCCGAAGUCACUGUUAAGCCUAUAGCCGAGACCAUUGCCGAGACUCUGGGGAGCACUAUCAUGGCUCCGGUUAAGACAGCUGCUGAUCUCCCAGACAAUACUGUUCCACAGUCCCAAACAAAGCCCACUACUGGGUACCAGGUUUCGACCUUCACUAGCACUCCGGUUGAAACCAGCACUAAAGCUGUAGCAGAGACCAGCCCUUGGUCUGUAACCAAGCUUUAA